AUGGGCACACAGGUGGCAUGCUCCACCUCACACGCCCUUGUCCUUGUCAUCAUACUCCUGGUCUCUUCGCUCACAGCCGCAGCUCUGGAACUGUACGGUGCUGGCUCGGCUCUGGUCCUCACCCCGGCUCCCGAGGCUUCGGACCAGGCUCGCGCGAGCUUCACCCUCAAACCGCUACCCACGAACUUGCCGUCAUCAACACCUUGGAGCCUCUCGUUUGACGUCUACCCGCUCGCUCCCCCAGACGCGCCGCUCGCCGCCGCGCCGCUCGUCGCCGUCGCCGCAUCGGUUUCGUCUCCGGACCCGCUCCUCGCCGCCUACCUGGCUCCGCCCGAUGUGUCUGCCUACAUGCCACGCGAAGCUGCACAAGCCGCCGCAGCCGCAGCACCACUGGGUCUCUCCGUCUCGGCUGCUCUUGGCCCGCAUUCUCCAUCCGGUCUCGUCCUCGACCGUCUCGUCUGGUCCUCCGUGAGCUUGGUCUGGCAGCCGUCCUCUGCUCUCCUCACCGUCACUGUCGGCUCCAGCUCAACCGUACUCGCUGUUGCUAGUGAUCCAGCCAGCCGCACUACGCUCAGCGAGCUUGUCAUCACACUCGGCGGCGCUGGUGCCCACGCUGCUGUCGACAAUGUCCGCCUGGCCGACGCCCCGGUCCUUUGCUUUGACCACCCUGACGCCUUCAGCAAUCUUGGCCUCGCUGCUGCUUGCGGGCCAAAAGUCUCCCUUCCUUCGUCUGGAGUAUUUUCACGGGCCCCGUCGCUCUCGCCCUACUUUUCCGUCCGCCCGUUGGCCACCGCCGAGCUCGGCUCCGCCGCGCCUACCGGCCAGGCCAACGUCCUCGUUCCCGACACCACCAACUCGGUAGGAUCACUCCCGGUCAGCCUCACUGCCUCUGCUGGUGAAGAGCUUGUUGUCGCGGCCUGGGUUGCUGGCCCGUCACGCCUUGCCUCGAUCACCCUUCCCGGCCUCACGCCGCUUCCACUCGACGUCCACACUCCUGGUGUCUGCACCAACCUCACAUCGACCACUCUAGACGCUGACUCCUUGCCGUUUGGCAUCGAGCUCGACACCGGCUCGCUGGCAACCUCCAUCCUGCUCUUUGACGCCUCACCGGCCUUUCUGGCGUCGCGGUGCUCACUCGGCAAUGCUGCGUGCGUCAAUGCCACCGAUCUCGUCUCGGCAGGUGCACUUCCGGCUGACACAAGCUGCAUCCUUGUGCCGUACCCCAGCUCAGCGUCAUGCCCGCCGGCCAACGCCACUAGUUGUCCGUUUGUUGAGCUUGACGCCACGGCCCACUCGUGGACGCUUGUCAGCACCGAGCAGAUGCCCGCCUCACCGUCGGCACCACCGCCGCUUGCCAUCCUCGUCGACGCCAUGUCCGAGGCCUCGGCGCCUGAUCCGGACUCGCCGCGACUUAUCCCCCUCACAGCUGUCGUCCUCACCGCCGCCGAGCUAGCGCCAACUGUCGGCCUCCCGCUGCUAGAGCUCCCGCUCCCGAUCGGGUUUGCCGGCGGCUUCUACGCCUGGACUUCGCCGUCGGUGCUGACGCCGCUCGCUGCCGCAACCCGCCUUGACAACAGGCUCGCGCUGCUCCACACUGUUGUGGCAGUUCCGUCGCAGGCCUCUGCGCUUCCGCUCGCUCGCUUUGCUGUCAACGCCCUGCUGCCGCGCGGCACGCUUGCCCUCUCAUUCGCAGCAUCGGUCAUUGUCCCGCCUCCUGCCUUUGCACCGGACAGUACCGCUGCACUCCGGCUCAACAGCAUGCGCACGCUCGACUCGCUCACCAGCCAUCUCCUUCCGGGCCUCUUCGCCACCGGCGCUCCGUCGCUUUGUGUCGAGACCUGGAUCCACUUUCCCGCUGAUGCCGCAUGUGCUACUGGCACGCUUAUCUCGCUCAACGCUACCGGUGCUGGCGAUCCGCGCGUGGAUCUUGUCCUCACCUGCUCCGGGGGUAACACGUGGGUGCCUUCGCUGCGGCUACACGAUCCGGACGCCGAUGCGACAGUGGUGCAGUCGCUGCCAGGCUUUGCACCCGCUGUUCGCAACGUUCCGGUCCAUGUUGCCCUCACGCUGCUUUCGGGCACCCAUGUGCGGGUAGUGUGGAGUAACCAAGUCCUCGCCGCGGCGCCGCAGACGGCCACGUUUGCAAGUGACGAGCGUCGGGUCGACGGCGUUGCCCUCGGCCGCGCCUUUUCUGGAGGAGACGCACUUGACAUUGAGCUCGAUGCCGUGCGUCUCUGGCCUGCCGACCGGACCGUCGACGACAUCGCCGCUCGUGCUGGCACCCGCCUUCGUGGCUCGCAUCCCUCUCUUCCCUCUGCCACGCUCCACUUUGACGAUCUGGAUCUGAUCGCGUCACCUCUGCCGCCUGGAUCUAGUGGAGCGGUUAGUGUUGUCACUGCCUCGACAACCAAGCCACUGUCGCUUGUGCGUGCCGCUGGCGACGCGCCGCUGGCCCCGCUGUUGGUGCCCGGCUUUGUUGCCCUCAACGCCUCGUACGUCAUGAUUGAGCAAGCGAGUGCGCUCAUUGGCUCCUACUUUGACACGACCUGGCCGCUUCAGGCUUCGUUCGGCUCUGCGGUCUUCCGGCCCAUCAUGUUAGUCUCGGAGCCGGUGGCCGGCACGACCAGCCACGCGCAGCCGAUGCUGGUGGCGACGCGGGAGAAUCGGCUGGGCUCCUGGGACCGGUUUGUGGCUCCGGGCGCUGUUUUACUACCGUCAACCGCAGCAACACUCGCCUUUCGCGCCAACACAACCAUCGCCUCGGCCUUUCUGGCCAGCGUCCUCGAUCCCGGUGCAGGCAGCUCGGCCACCAUGGCUGAGCUACAGGCUGCGUGUGCGGCGUCAUCGGACAUUACCUGCUCUCCAGACCUGGGUCCGUUUGCCGGCCUCGCUCUUCGCGUCGUUCUAGAGUCUGGCGCGUGGAUCGGCUUUAAUGGCGCCCUCAACGCACCGACCUAUGCCGCCAACGUCUCGCUGGCAAUUACGUGCCCGCCGGAAACCCCGUUCCAUGUUGUUGUCACAAGCGAGUCGGUCACCUCUGAACGCAUCGUUCUGGCUUCGACACUGGCAGGCAUCGGCCCGACGACCAUCAGCGGCACGGAAGUCCACAUUCCACUCGCCAUGCUCCCGAGCUCGCGAUACUUUCGCGAAGAGUUGACUGUCCACCUGUACACGCUCCCGCACUUGCUCUCCAGUGUGGUCCUUGAUGGAAUUUUGGUCUCUGCUGCGCUCAUUGAUGCCCCGAACGCCAUUCUUCCCGAGCCACACGGCUUUGGUGUUUACACGUCGCCGUUUUUCGCCUCGCUUCCGCCCCCUAUUGCGCUCGAGUAUGCACAGCUGCCGCUGCUUACCAACGGCUACGCACUCGACUCCUCGGGUGGCGGCGCGUACCGGGCCGACAUUUCGGUGGACAACACCAACGACCCUCCAGACCCCAUCUCGAGGAUGGCCAACAUUGGGCCGCUGUUCUUCGGCUUGGCCGACAACACGAUCACAGCCGCCAAGCCCGACACCAUUGUUGUGUCGGCCGCUGACGAGCACCAGUCACAGUUUGAGUUCCGCAUCGAUGACUUUCCCGCCUCGGCGACCUUCUCGGGCGGCGUAGAGAUCGAGUACCGGCCGCAUGGGGCAAGCCUCGCCGACUUUCCCGCCGGCGAGGCCGUCGACUCAUUCCGCUUCUCGGCGUUCGACAACCUAGAGUGGUCGCUCGCUCCAGGUGUCAUCACCAUUACCAUCCCGUGCCCACCACGAUACGAGGCGCGCGGAGGGCGCUGCGUCCAUUGCGUGGCCGGCACUGUUCAGAGUCAGAUCUCGACCGGGCUCUGCGGCGCGUGCGAUCCGGGCACAACGUCGCGCAACGCGUCCACGUCUUGCAGCAGCUGCAACGCCGGCUCGUAUGCACCCACUGCCGGCAUGGGCUCGUGCCUCAUCUGCCCCGCCGGCACGACGUCGUCGACAGACCGGUCGCAGUGCUUUCUGUGCUCGCCCGGCAGCGUUGCACCUCUACCUGGCGAGCCGAUUUGCUCGCUCUGUCCGCUCAACAAGUACGUGGAGGAGGAGGGGCAGUUAGAGUGCAAGGAUUGCCCAGCCAACACGAUAACGAUCGACUCGGGGACAGGAAAUGUGACCCAGUGCCUCUGCCGCCCUGGAUACUACACGCUCGACGGGCCCGGUACCGCAUGUCACGCUUGCCCACCCGGCGGCGUAUGUGCCGGGGGUCUUGCUGUUCCGCGCGCAGACGCUGCCUAUUGGUCGCACCCAGACGAUCCGUACACCUUCUUCCUAUGCCGGUCGAAGGACGCAUGCCCCGGCGGCGAGCCCGGUACAUGCGGCUUUGGGUACCAGGGUGCCAUCUGCUCGGCGUGCAUUUCCGGCUUUUACAACUCUGGCUCGGUCCUCAAGGGAGCGCCACAGUGCACACGGUGCACAGCGCUGGCCAACAUCUCGCUCCCGCUCACGAUUGCGGUCUGCUUUCUCCUCUCGUUUCUAGUCUUUAAGAUCUCGAACCGACCGGCGCUGGCUGGUCUCCGAACAGCGCUCUCGAUCUCGACCUCGCUGGGGCUCUUGCUAACGUUCCUCCAGGUGCUGGCCGUUUUUGACGGCUUUAACGUCUCGUGGGGCUCGGCGAGCAGGCUUAUGUCGUUUGUGGGCAUCGUGGCUCUUGAUCUAUCGGUUUUUGUCGCCCCCGAAUGCAUGUUUGGGGAGGUGAGCUUCCUGGAACGGUACAUGACGUUGGUGGCCAUGCCGCUUCUCUGCCCGCUGUUCUUCGCCUUGCUUUAUGGCGGAACGGCGCUGGUUAUCCGUGUUCUGCAGCGGCGGAGCGGUUCUGGGCGUGCGAUCGUGCCGCCAGCCUGUCUGGGAACCGGUUUGCGGACCUGGUGUAUGUACCCCACACAAGUCUCGUUGGACAAGAUCAUCAACUCGCUGCUGGUCAUCUCGGACGUGCUGUACAUCUACAUGUCACAGGUUGCCUUUCUCCUCUUCCAGUGCUACGCACAGCCCGACGGGACUGCGACGCUCAAGGCCUACCCUGCCAUCACGUGCUACACGCGCGAGUGGGCGGAGCACCUGCCGGUUGCCAUCUGCGCCAUGGCGGUGUACACGGUCUUCAUUCCGGCGUUUUUCCUCUACGUCAUCUGGGUGGCGCCAAAACAGUAUCGCGCGCCGAAGUUUAUGAAGCGACACGCACACUUGUUUGUCCGCUUCCAGCCACGGGUCUACUACUGGUCGCUCAACGCGAUCGCGCGUAAGUUUAUUGUCACGAUUGUCAUCCUCACCAUGAUCCGCGAUCCCGUCCAGCAAGUCCUCACGGCCAUGCUCCUCAUGCUCAUCUCGUUGGUGGCACAUCUCCUCACCCAGCCGUACUUUAUCGAUGUGUGUAACCAUCUCGAGACAUACUUGCUGAGCGUGUGUAUCCUCGUCCUAGCUAUCGCCAUGCUCAUGAUCAAGGACAUCGGCUCGAAUCGGGUCUCGUACCUAGACACACACCCGGAUCUCCACCACGGGCUGGACAUUGCGCUCUCGAUCCUCAUCGGCUCAGCGUUUUUGGCGGCUGCUGGAACGAUAGUGGAGAAGGAGAACAUGAAGGACAAGGCUGUGCGCGCGGACAUGAUCCUCCUUGCUCGCGAGAUGGUCAAGCCCGAGCUGACCAAGUUUAUUGUGCAGGACCAGGAGACGUGGGGCCUGCUGCCCGAGGGCGAGCGGCGCCAGCUGCGUACUGCGUUUGACAUUGUGGCACAGGUCUACCUCGGAUACGAGGGGCACGCGACUCGGGUCAUGAACUCACUGCAUACCGACGACGACUCGCCGCGUGAAAUGCGCCGCAACAUCUCGUUUGCCGCCCAUCAGCUCGCACGGUUCUCGUCGUCGUUCCGCAUCGAGGAAGACGUCGACGUCACUGCCUACGCCUCGUCACACAUCCGGACCCGCAACCAUUCGCUGUCUUCGGACACUCAUGGACAAUCGCCACUGCUGGGCAACAAGAGCCUCUCUCUCGGCGACGAACUUGUCAACACCUCGUGUCUCAGCCCAAGCCCCGACAAGUACCAUUCCGGCUCUGAUACAGCCACCGACCUCGAGACUGUGAUUGAGGUCAACCGCCCACCGCUGCUCCUUCCUGGCGCCGUCGCCGUCUCGGCCUCGUCGUCGCCGAGCAUGACCCGAAAGACCUCCGAGUACAAGAAUGGUGGUCUGCUCCCGACAGGCAGCGAAGGGGGCUCGCCCCAGCCGUUGUCACCUUGCUCGAGCUCAGAAGAGCCGGCAGAGGCUCGCCCCGAAGGUGCCGCAGCCUCCAACGGUUUGGGUGGUGCUGACAAGACCGGCGGAGCCACAGAGGGAGCUACUGGAGCCGCUGGAGCCGCUGGGGCUGUUGCUGACGCCGAUGCGGAUGCCUCCUCGGUUCUCUCGUCGAUAUCUGGUGAUGACGACGGCGAUGAUAGUGACUCUGAAGAUGCAAAGGUCAGUGCUGACAUGGCGGCAGCUCUUGCUGUCCUAGCCUCGCCCGGGGAGGGACCCGGAGUGGGGUCUGGAAGCGGAAGCGGUUCCAGCUCUGGCUCUGGCUCUGGUUCGGGUCCAGGCUCUGGCUCUGGCUCUGGCUCUGGCUCUGGCUCUGGCUCGGGUUCCGGCUCUGGCUCGGGUUCAGGUCCGGGUUCCGGUUCCGGAUCUGGCUCUGGCUCUGGCUCCAGCACCGGAUCUGGCUCUGGCUCUAGCUCUGGUUCCGGCUCGAGCUCGGGCACCGGUUCCGGUUCCGGCUCUCCGGCAGGCACAUCUCCGGCUCCCAGUGAGGCCACGAUCGGGCUCCUUGUCCACAACGCGACAGCAUCUGAGUUUGCCGAGUCGGCCUCGAUGUCCCGGAUGAAUUCAACGGACCUACUCGACGCACACAUGCAACCUGUGACCAAGCCGACCGACUCGCUGACGCGGAUUGCACCUGCCACCAUGUCUGGGGCGUCACUCACGGAGGGCCGCGGCUCGGUCUCGUCAGUGGGCUCAAGCGGGCGCAAGUCGCCGCUUAUGGACUUUAAGCUGAGCGGAGCGUCGGAUCGACGUCUGGAAACGAGUUGA